AUGACGCCUGCGAUGGACCUCAAACCUGUCCCGGCCUUUUAUUGCUGUUACCUGCUUCGCUCUACCGUGCGCCGGUCCAGCGUCUAUAUUGGAUCCAGCCCCGACCCAGCCCGACGUCUUGCUCAGCAUAAUGGUCGAGUACAAGGCGGAGCAGUGCGCACAUCCCGCGCGAGUCUUCGACCAUGGGAGAUGGCUUGCAUCGUAGCAGGCUUUCCUUCCAAUAUCGCGGCGCUUCAAUUCGAAUGGGCCUGGCAUAACGCUCACUUGACCAGACACAUCGCCCCGACUGAGCGCAUUUCUUUCGCCACCACACGAACAAAGACUUCGGCCCGGACAGGAAAGACGACUCGAAGACCAGGCCGGCCGAGAACAUCUCUCAUAGAUAAAUUAUCCAACCUGCAUCUCUUGCUUCGCGUCCCUUACUUCUCCAGAUGGCCUCUCGAGGUUCGCUUCUUCAGCGAGGAUGCGUAUCGCUCAUGGGUGACCUGGUGUGGACGGGUCGACUCGCAUAUUCGUCCAGGCAUCAAGAUAUUUUUCGAUCCGGCGCAAACGGUUUCGCAGGAGCAUGAAUUCACUUCAGCCCAGCCAGCAACCAGGAAACGGAAAGCUGAUUUGAUUGGGAGAGGGGGCGUUGACGGUGUGGAUGCGACAUAUGCACGCUUGCGUGGGGUGUUUGAGAAGUGCCGGUUUCUUCUCGAUGAGGGCGACGACCAAAGAUGCUCCGUGUGCGGCGACGGCAUUGACCUCCACACGAGCCUUUUCGUCAUCUGUCAUAGCGCUGAAUGCCAGGGCAUGUCCCAUAUGACCUGUCUAGCGGAUGCAUCGCUGGGAUCCUGCGAGUCUGCUUCCGUUAUUCCUGAGACGGCAAGCUGUCCGUCCUGCAAACAGGAACAUCGGUGGUCGGAGUUGAUGCAGCAAGUGACCCUCAGAACCAGAGGACUGAAGGAGGUGCAGAAGCUAUUACAACGAAAGGGCAAAAGUACCGUAGCAACCGCUGCCGAGAUCAUGGAGACCGAAAGUGAGGAUGAGGAGGAUGACGAUGACAAUAAUGGCGAUAUGCUCACUGCCCAAGAAGUGGUAGAUGAAGAAGCUGAUAUGAGUGACGACGACGGGCAGGAGGACAACGCGUCGGUCGCCUCGAUCGGCUCCACAGACUCGUUCAUGAGCCCGAGGUCCAAGUCCCACGUCGGGACAACAGUUGGUAGGAGUCCUCAAUCGACGAGACUCGAGAUUGUCAUUGAAGAUAGCGAAGAUGAAAGAUGA